AUGGGCAAAACACGCGAUCCCAGCCCGAGCGCAAGCUCAAAUGCCUCUUCGGAUGCCGAAGAACCCAAGGUCACCAAGGUCGAAAAGACAAAGAAGCGCAAGCGCGUCGUCCUGCCCGAAGAUGAAAUCGAAGUCGACGUCAACGCCCCGGAGCCGCCGUCCAAGAAGGCCAUGCGUGAGGCCAAGAAGGCCGCCAAAAGAGCAAAGGACGAUCCUGAAGGUGCCGCUGCUGCCGCCGCCGCUGCAAUCGCCGCCGCAGAUGGAGAGAAGAAGCGCAGUGACUAUGGUAUCUGGAUUGGAAACCUGGCUUUCGCCGUCGACAAGGAUAUGCUGCGUGUCUUCUUUACUCGUCAGGCGCAGAUCCCUGAUGCUGAGAUCACUCGCUUGAACAUGCCUGUUCCUCAGGGUCCUCCCCAGCCCGGCCGCACCAAGCCUUCGAACAAGGGUUUUGCCUAUGUCGAUUUCGCUACCGAGGAAUCCCUCAACAAGGCCAUCGCCAUGUCUGAAACUCUUGUCAGCGGCCGCAAAGUCCUCAUCAAGAACGCAAAGAGUUUCGAAGGCCGCCCCGCCCAGGCAACCGCUACCGUAAACGCCCUCGCCGGCAACGCAGACUCGAGCGAAGCCGCUGCAGCAGGAGGUGCAGCUCCCAACAAGAUCGGUCCCAAUGGCAAGCCCGUCAUGCCCCCCAGCAAGCGUGUCUUUGUCGGAAACCUCAACUUUGACGUCACUAGAGAUGAUUUGGAAACCCACUUCGCUCAAGCCGGAGAGCUGGAAGACGUCUUCAUGGCAACCUUCCAAGACACCGGAAAGUGCAAGGGAUACGCCUGGGUCCGUUUCGCCGACCUCGAAGCCGCAGAGUCGGCCGUCCGAGGCUUCAUCUGGAAAUUCGACGAAGCCAGUGACGACGAGGAAGAAGAGGAAGACGAGGAGGAAGAGAAGGAAGAAAAGGCAGCCUCAGCCUCAGGUUCAGACUCCGACAGCGACGAUGAAGACGCAACAGAAAAGCAGGAGACCAAAAAGACAACGAAAAAGCCAAAGAAGCAAAACAAACGCAAAUGGUUCAUCAACCGCCUCCACGGCCGCCCCUUGCGCUGCGAGUUCGCCGAAGACGCCAGCACACGCUACAAGAAGCGCUUCGGCAAGGAAAGACCCGCCACAGAGUCACACAUUUCAGACGCAGCACCCAUCACCGAAGUCGACGGUGGAGCAGCAGAAGAGAGACCUCAAAAGAGAUCCAGACCAAAGGGUGACGCAGACGCCAGACAGGAAAUGCGCAGAAAGAAGUUUGACGCCAGAAAGAUCAGACCGGGUAAUGCGUUGGCGAAUGCGCCGAGAGCUUCUGCUGCCAUUGUCGAGGCUGCGGGUAAGAAGAUUUCGUUUGAUGAUUAG